AUGUCUGUGGAAGUAAGAUGUCGAAGGAAUGAUGAAAAGGUGAUGUCGUGGCUCAGAGCUGGACGGAACAUUGUGUACAACCGGCAGCUCUGCACUGCAACCCACCGCCGUCGGGUGGAGGAUGAAGGUGACUGGUUCUACUCCUCCGAGUGGUGGGGGACGGAACCUGAUGGCCACACUAUUCUGCGCACCGACUCCGAUCACGGGAAUGGCGUCGUCUCUGUCCUGGGUUCUGGCUUAUCCCUCUUCUCGACCCAUUUAAAGAGCAUGGCAGCGACAGGUUUGAGUGCUCUGGCGUGCUCUGAUCAUGACCUUGCUGGUGUUGCAUUCGGAAAGAAGAAAAUGCGUGUAUUGUGCAUUGGUCAUGGUGGAGGAAGUUUGCCCUUGUUCCUGGCCAGCAAAUUGCGAGUCAACGCCUGCACCCAGAACAACGGCACAGUAUGCUUGGAGUUGAGCAAUUUUAGCUAUAGGCCCAAGUAUCUCAUAACCGUAUCCAAAAAUAAAGCCCAUGAGUAG